AUGAGCAAUCCAGACGAGAUCAAUAUCUCCAUCGAUCGUGGUGGCACAUUCUGCGAUGUUCUCGUCCAGGUCACCGGGCAACCCGACCGUGUGUUUAAACUCUUAUCGGAAGACCCUGGCAAUUACAGCGAUGCCCCGACCGAAGCCAUCCGGAGAGCACUUGAAGUUAUUGAGGAUCGGCAUAUUGCAAAAACCGAAAAGCUUGAUGGCUCCCGGAUUUCCUCUUGUCGCAUAGGCACAACGCUGGCGACCAAUGCUUUACUGGAAGGAAAAGGAGAAAGGUUCGCGUUCAUCACUACGAAGGGAUUCAAGGAUGUGUGUGUUAUCGGUGACCAAACGCGACCGAAGCUCUUUGAUCUGAACGUUCGCAAAGCCUCUGCGUUGCAUGACAAGGUCAUGGAGAUUGAUGAAAGAGUCACUGUUGAGGAUUAUGACUUGAAUCCGUUUCCGCUUGACAAGAGCAGUGAGCUGAAAGAUCCAUCUCUUGUUCGAACCAUGAGCGGCGAGAUCAUACGAGUAAUCAAGCCCUUGGACGCCUCCGAAGUGACGGCUGCCCUUCAAAAAAUCAAGACCGAGGGGUAUGAUUCGGUCGCUAUCAGCUUCAUGCACUCGUACUUGUUUCCCGAUCAUGAAAUUCAGGCGGCAUCUCUUGCGCGGCAAAUGGGCUUCAAGUACGUGACUACGUCGUCCGAAAUAAGCCCAACAAUAAAGUUUCUGCGUCGCAGUAACUCUGUAUCCUCCGAAGCCUACCUCUACCCCAUCAUCAAGCAAUACAUCACAGAUUUCGAAGAGGGAUUCGCCACCUUGCCGAUGAGGGUUGAAUUCAUGUGCUCUGAUGGGGGAUUGCGAUCGUCUCAAAAAUUUCGAGGCAACGAGGCUCUUCUUAGUGGUCCAGCUGGUGGCGUGGUUGGAAUUGCAAAGACCUGUUUUGAUCCCAUAGAUCGCACCCCGGUCAUAGGAUUCGACAUGGGAGGUACUAGCACUGAUGUGUCUAGAUACGACGGCAAUUAUGAGUUCUUGAGUGAGACGACAAUUGCUGGCCGCAUUAUUACUGUCCCCAUGCUGAAUAUCGCGACCGUGGCUGCGGGCGGAGGCUCUAUCCUGUUUGCCCGUAACGGACUGUUUACUGUCGGCCCUGAUAGCGCCGGUGCACAUCCUGGUCCUGCUUGCUACAGGAAAGGGGGACCGCUGACUGUCACGGAUGCGAACCUCUUCCUAGGCAGAUUGGUUUUGUCGGCUUUUCCACCUAUUUUUGGAAAAGAUGCAGACGAGCCACUCGAUUAUCAGGUGACUGCUCGGAAGUUUGGGGACAUGACGAAGGAGAUCAUUAUUCAAACAGGCCAAAAUCUCUCAGCAGAAGAAGUUGCGUCGGGAUUUUUGAACGUGGCCAACGAAACAAUGAGCCGCCCAAUUCGCAAUGCGACCGAAGCCCGGGGAUUCCAUCCUGAGCAUCAUAAUUUGGUUAGCUUCGGUGGUGCUGGCGGGCAGCAUGCCUGUUCUAUUGCCACUAGGCUUGGAAUCCGACGAGUUCUAAUUCACAAACAUUCAUCCAUCCUAUCUGCCGUUGGUAUUUCUCAAGCUGAUCUGCAGUAUGAACAAGUCGAGCCAUACGUUGGUACCUUCAACCUAAGCGCCCUGCCUGGGAUUCGUGCUCGAUUCGGUGCCCUCAAAAAUAAGGUGAAAGAGGAAUUGGUCGGUCAGGGUGCUUCUGUGGAGACAAUAAAAUUUGACGAGUCACUUAGUUUAAGAUACAAGGGCACUGACACAAAUCUGGUUAUCUCGAAACCAGCUGACGAGAACUAUGGCGCUGCCUUCAGAGCGGCGCAUCUCCGAGAGUUCGCCUUCGUCUUAGAACGGGAUAUCAUUGUCGAUUCUGUCCAUGUUCGUGGAACUGGAGAUAGUAGCAGUGGUGUUCGGUCGGCUUCCCUAUUCGAAGGGUUGGAGCAGAUUUUGAACGAUCAAAACCAAGCUUUAGCAAACACUUCACAAAAAGUAUUUCUUGAGGGAGCAUGGGAAGAUGUACCGGUCCACAAACUUGAGUCCUUCUCUAACCAUGCUAUUGUGACCGGUCCAGCCUUGAUCAUCGAUUCAACCCAGACCAUCCUGGUCGAGCCACAAUGGCAAGGCUAUAUACUGCCAAGACAUGUCAUUCUUGAACGAGUAUCUGAUGCCACUCCACUCUCUCCUGAGAUCUUGUCGGAAACUAUCAACCCCAUCCAAUUGUCCAUUUUCUCGCACCGCUUCAUGUCCAUCGCCGAACAAAUGGGCAAUACGCUGCAGCGGACCUCAAUCUCUACCAGCAUCAAGGAACGCUUAGAUUUCUCUUGUGCAAUUUUCUCUCCGGAUGGAAAGCUUGUGGCUAAUGCUCCACACAUUCCAAUCCAUCUUGGUAGUAUGCAAUACGCCAUCCAGUAUCAGCAUCACCUAUGGAAUGGGAAGCUCCGCCCUGGCGAUGUACUCAUGACCAACCACCCGGAGUGUGGUGGGACGCAUCUGCCAGAUGUUACAGUUGUGACACCCGUCUUUGCAAAAGACAAUGCAACCGUUAUGUUCUAUGUGGCAGCGCGAGGACAUCAUACCGAUAUUGGUGGGAAAGGAAUUACUUCUAUGAUGCCUGAUUCGAAGGAGCUAUGGGAAGAGGGGCUGAAUGUUAAAUCCCUCAAAAUUGUCAGCCACGGAGAAUUUCUCGAGAAUGCGGUCAGGGAUGCCUUCAUUCAUGCAGGGACGUUUGCUGGGUGCAGCCCCACUCGUCGACUGGAUGACAACAUUUCUGAUAUCAAAGCCCAGAUAUCAUCUAACCAGCGAGGUAUCGUGCUUUUACAGAAGUUGUGUGACAACUUUACUAUUCCGCUCGUUCACCGGCAGAUGUACGCCAUCCAGGCCAACGCGGAAGUUGCAGUGCGACAAUUCUUCAAACACGUCAGCAAGGUGCACCCAGAACCACUCACAGCAGUAGAUUACUUUGAUGACGGGACUCCAUUGAAAGUAACGAUAGCGAUCGAUAAAGAGACGGGAAGUGCGGUUUACGACUUCAGCGGGACAGGUCCGCAAAUGUGGGGAAAUUACAAUUGCCCCGUCUCUAUCACUCAUUCUGCUGUUAUAUAUACAACUCGAUGCCUAAUGGAUGUGGAUAUCCCUCUUAACGACGGAUGCCUUGCCCCCAUUGACAUUCGCAUUCCGAAAGGGUCAGUCUUACGGCCAAGCGCAUCGGUCGCUAUUUGCGGCAGUACACUUGCGAGUCAGCGCGUGAUCGAUACGAUCCUAAGGGCAUUCGGUAGAUGCGCCGCUUUCUCUGGCUGUGCGAACAGCUUUGGCUGGGGAAUUGGUGGCAAGAACCUGAUUACAGGGGAAAUUGAGCCCGGGUGGAAUUACGGAGAAACUGUGGGCGGUGGGUGUGGUGCUGGUCCUUCAUGGCAUGGAGAGCAUGCAAUCCAGGCGCACUCGACCAACACAAAGAUUACCGAUGCGGAAGUCGUCGAGAAGCGAACUCCGGUGAUUAUUCGCCAGCACAGCAUCAACUACGGAACUGGAGGACGGGGUCAGUUUAACGGCGGAGACGGAGCCACAAGGCUCAUUGAAGCCAGGGUGCCGCUCAAAUUUAGUAUCUUGAGCGACCGACGGGUGUUUGCACCAUAUGGCAUGCAUGGGGGAGAAGAAGGAGCUGUGGGAAAGAACUUCCUCUAUCGCUGGAACGAUGAUAGGAGUGGGUUUGAGAAACUAUCCUUGGGCGGGAAGGCAGCUCUGAGCCUGGAAGCAGGAGAGAUGAUGGAAGUGAACAGUCCUGGGGGUGGUGGAUGGGGAAAUGCCACACAGACUCCGGCAAGUUAG